AUGGAGCAUGGGUUGCGAUUGCAUCAGGACCACAUUAAGAUUCUCGAAACCAAGAGAUGGGAUAUUGAGAAAUUUGAGAAACAGCUAGCUCAUUCAGAGUCUCUCAUUGAAGAAUAUAACAGCUCAAAUGAGCAAGUCGAAAGGCGCCAAUUACAGCAAUACAAAAGGGAGACUGAAGCCUCAAACGAAAAAACUGCUCUGGGCCGAAUUGCCAAAGAAUUAAGAAGUAUAACUAGCCUGAUAGACGGCCCUGAUGUGCCAAACAAACGAAGUGGCUCCAACGAUUUUCAGAUCAAUGACCUUGUACAUUCUGAUAAAAUAGUGAUGAUGCGUUUUGAGGCUGUAGAAGAGAAGAAUGAGAUGCAUGUUUCCAAAAUUGUGGAAUUGGAAAGAAGGAACGAGAGGUUACAAAGUGAAUUGAGGAAUAGGUCAGCUCGGGCUAUGACUGGCGGACAAAUUUUAGAUAGAUCAGAUCCAAUGGAGCCGACAAAAACGGUUCUUGCUUAA